AUGGCUGGGAAUAAAGGAAGAGGACGUGCAGCUUAUACCUUUAAUAUUGAAGCAGUUGGAUUUACCAGAGGUGAAAAGUUACCUGAUGUAGUAUUGAAGCCUCCCCCAAUAUUUCCUGAUACAGAUUAUAAACCAGUGCCGCUGAGAACAGGAGAAGGUGAAGAGUAUAUGCUGGCCUUGAAACAGGAGUUGAGAGAAACAAUGAAAAGAAUGCCUUAUUUUAUAGAAACCCCUGAAGAAAAACAAGAUAUUGAAAGGUAUAGUAAAAACCAUAUGAAAAUAUACAAAGAAGAAUGGGUACCAGAUUGGAGGAGGCUCCCAAGAGAGAUGAUGCCAAGGAAAAAAUGCAAAAAAGCAGGCCCCAAAUCCAAAAAGGCAACUGAUGCCAGCAAAGUCGCUUCACUCACUAAUAGUACAGAUGUGUUGAAAAGAAUUGAGGAAAAUGACUACAUUAAUUCUUACUUCGAAGAUGGAGAUGAUUUUGGUGCAGACGUGAUGACAACAUGGAUGAAGCAACCUAUUAGCUAUGGUAUUUCUCAAAAAAGUUUUAUGGUACAGUUUAUGGACAUAGGGACAGGCCCUCCUGUAUCUUUUUAUAAAAUUUUGGGGGAAAAUACCGAAAAACCUCAGCCUCCAAAGACUGUAACAAAUGCCAAAGAUAUUCAAGGAAAUUGA